CAAACUAUCUUCUCUGCUCUGGGAGUGAGGAAGACAACAGGGCUGUGUGAAGCGUGUGUGUGUGUGAGUGUGAGAGCGAGAGGCGGAGUAGGGAAGUUUCAAUUUAAAAAGACAAUUGGAUUGAUUGCUCUCAGACUUGCACUGCAACCAUGGGGCUAGGGAAAGGGAAGGAUUACAAGCCUGCGGCAACCUCAGAUGGCGAGACCAAGAAAAGCAAAAAGGCAAAAAAGUCGAAGGAUAUGGACGAACUGAAAAAAGAAGUUGACCUAGAUGAUCACAAGCUGACAGUGGAUGAACUUCAUAGGAAAUAUGGGACCGACCUUACCAGGGGUCUAUCCUCCUCCAGAGUAAAAGAGAUCCUGGCCCGAGAUGGCCCAAAUGCCCUCACACCUCCUCCCACUACUCCUGAAUGGGUUAAAUUCUGUAAACAGUUGUUUGGUGGUUUCUCCAUGUUGCUGUGGAUUGGUGCAAUCCUCUGCUUCCUGGCUUAUAGCAUUCAAGCUGCCUCAGAAGACGAGCCUGCAAAUGAUAACUUGUAUUUGGGCAUUGUGCUGUCGGCUGUCGUCAUCAUUACUGGAUGUUUCUCCUACUACCAAGAAGCCAAGAGCUCCAAGAUCAUGGAGUCCUUUAAGAAUCUGGUCCCACAGCAAGCCCUGGUUGUGCGUGAUGGUGAGAAGAAGAGUAUCAAUGCGGAGGAGGUGGUGGUCGGUGAUUUAGUGGAAGUAAAAGGUGGAGACAGGAUUCCCGCUGAUCUGAGAAUCAUCUCUGCUUUUGGCUGCAAGGUGGAUAACUCUUCCCUGACUGGAGAAUCUGAGCCUCAGACCCGUACCCCAGACUUUUCUAAUGACAACCCCCUAGAAACAAGGAAUAUUGCUUUCUUCUCCACUAACUGUGUUGAAGGAACUGCCAGAGGAAUCGUCAUCAAUACUGGAGAUCGUACUGUUAUGGGUCGGAUUGCUACUCUGGCUUCCAGCCUGGAGGGCGGAAAAACUCCCAUUGCCAUCGAGAUCGAGCAUUUUAUCCACAUCAUCACUGGUGUGGCUGUCUUCCUAGGUGUAACCUUCUUUAUCCUCUCCCUCAUCCUUGGCUAUGGAUGGCUAGAGGCUGUCAUCUUCCUCAUCGGUAUCAUUGUUGCCAAUGUGCCAGAGGGUCUCCUGGCCACUGUCACUGUGUGUCUGACCCUGACUGCCAAGCGAAUGGCCAAGAAAAACUGCCUGGUGAAGAACCUGGAAGCUGUUGAGACCCUUGGCUCAACCUCCACUAUUUGCUCCGACAAGACCGGAACCCUGACACAGAACAGGAUGACCGUGGCCCACAUGUGGUUUGACAAUCAGAUCCACGAAGCUGACACCACGGAGAACCAGAGCGGCACUUCCUUUGACAGGAGCUCGGCCACCUGGAGUUCUCUGGCCAGAGUCGCUGGACUCUGCAACCGUGCCGUCUUCCUUGCAGAUCAGUCCAACAUUCCCAUUUUGAAGAGGGAUGUGGCUGGCGAUGCCUCAGAAGCUGCCUUGCUCAAGUGUAUCGAGCUGUGCUGUGGAUCUGUUGCCGGCAUGAGAGAAAAAUAUCCGAAGAUUGCUGAGAUCCCGUUCAAUUCAACCAACAAAUAUCAGCUCUCCAUCCAUCAGAACGCAACUCCAGGAGAAUCCAAGCACCUGUUGGUGAUGAAAGGAGCCCCAGAGAGGAUUUUGGACCGUUGCUCCACCAUUGUGCUCCAGGGCAAAGAGCAGCCUCUGGAUGAUGAGAUGAAAGAUGCUUUUCAGAAUGCCUACGUUGAACUGGGAGGACUUGGAGAGAGAGUACUUGGUUUCUGCCAUUUCAACCUGCCCGAUGAUCAGUUCCCAGAGGGCUUUGCUUUUGAUACUGAGGAGGUGAACUUCCCCACUGAGAACCUGUGCUUCGUCGGUCUCAUGGCCAUGAUCGACCCUCCUCGUGCCGCCGUGCCUGAUGCUGUGGGCAAAUGCAGGAGCGCUGGAAUCAAGGUUAUCAUGGUCACAGGUGACCAUCCAAUCACUGCCAAGGCUAUUGCUAAAGGUGUCGGCAUCAUUUCUGAAGGCAACGAGACAGUUGAAGACAUUGCUGCCCGCCUGAAUGUUCCAGUUUCAGAGGUCAACCCAAGGGAUGCCAAGGCCUGCGUCGUCCAUGGUGGUGAGCUGAAAACGAUGACCACAGAUCAACUUGACGAAGUGCUGAAGCACCACGCUGAAAUUGUAUUUGCCAGAACUUCCCCUCAGCAGAAGCUGAUUAUCGUGGAGGGUUGCCAGAGACAGGGAGCUAUUGUGGCUGUGACAGGUGACGGUGUGAACGACUCCCCUGCUUUAAAGAAAGCCGACAUCGGUGUUGCCAUGGGUAUUGCCGGAUCUGAUGUCUCUAAGCAGGCCGCGGACAUGAUCCUGCUGGAUGACAACUUUGCUUCCAUCGUUACUGGAGUGGAAGAAGGCCGUCUCAUCUUCGACAACUUAAAGAAGUCCAUUGCCUACACUCUGACUAGUAACAUCCCUGAGAUCUCACCCUUCCUCCUCUUCAUCAUUGCCAACAUCCCUCUGCCUCUGGGAACAGUCACAAUCCUCUGUAUUGACCUGGGAACUGACAUGGUUCCUGCCAUCUCUCUGGCUUAUGAAGCAGCUGAAAGCGACAUCAUGAAGAGACAGCCCCGAAAUCCCAUAACAGACAAACUUGUGAACGAGAGGCUCAUCAGUAUGGCCUAUGGACAAAUUGGUGUGAUGCAGGCCGUAGCUGGGUUCUUCUCAUAUUUUGUGAUCCUGGCUGAAAAUGGUUUCCUCCCCAUGGACCUGGUGGGAAUCCGAGUAAUGUGGGAUGACAAAUUCGUAAAUGACUUGGAAGACAGCUACGGACAGCAGUGGACAUACGACCGCCGAAAGAUCGUUGAGUUCACCUGCCACACAGCUUUCUUUACCAGCAUUGUGAUCGUCCAGUGGGCCGAUCUGAUCAUCUGUAAGACCAGGAGGAACUCCAUCCUGCAGCAGGGAAUGAAGAACCGCAUCCUCAUCUUUGGGCUCUUUGAGGAGACAGCUCUUGCUGCUUUUCUGUCAUACUGCCCAGGCAUGGAUGUUGCCCUCAGAAUGUACCCUCUCAAGCCAUGUUGGUGGUUCUGUGCCUUCCCCUACUCCCUCCUCAUCUUCGUUUAUGAUGAAGUCAGGAGAUACAUCCUCAGACGCAACCCAGGCGGUUGGGUGGAACUGGAGACAUACUACUAAAGCAACACAGACGGAGGGAGCUUGUUUCAUCAUUAUUUGUUGCCAUGUUACAUAUUUGUUGAAGAUGCUACACCCGCCCAACAAAACAACAAAAAAAAAAUACAAAACAGAAGUAUAAGUAUGUCUUAAUGUAUGUGUCAUUCACAAUAAAAACAUGUCUGUACCAUUGUA